AUGACACACAGAGCGAGUAAGGUGAAGGAGCCCCAGGGAGCGAGUAAGGUGAAGGAGCCCCAGGGAGCGAGUAAGGUGAAGGAGCCCCAGGGAGCGAGUAAGGUGAAGGAGCCCCAGGGAGCGAGUAAGGUGAAGGAGCCCCAGGGAGCGAGUAAGGUGAAGGAGCCCCAGGGAGCGAGUAAGGUGAAGGAGCCCCAGGGAGCGAGUAAGGUGAAGGAGCCCCAGGGAGCGAGUAAGGUGAAGGAGCCCCAGGGAGCGAGUAAGGUGAAGGAGCCCCAGGGAGCGAGUAAGGUGAAGGAGCCCCAGGGAGCGAGUAAGGUGAAGGAGCCCCAGGGAACACCAACACGGCCCAGAGCGAGUAAGGUGAAGGAGCCCCAGGGAACACCAACACGGCCCAGAGCGAGUAAGGUGAAGGAGCCCCAGGGAGCGAGUAAGGUGAAGGAGCCCCAGGGAGCGAGUAAGGUGAAGGAGCCCCAGGGAGCGAGUAAGGUGAAGGAGCCCCAGGGAACACCAACACGGCCCAGAGCGAGUAAGGUGAAGGAGCCCCAGGGAACACCAACACGGCCCAGAGCGAGUAAGGUGAAGGAGCCCCAGGGAACACCAACACGGCCCAGAGCGAGUAAGGUGAAGGAGCCCCAAGGAACACCAACACGGCCCAGAGCGAGUAAGGUGAAGGAGCCCCAGGGAGCGAGUAAGGUGAAGGAGCCCCAGGGAACACCAACACGGCCCAGAGCGAGUAAGGUGAAGGAGCCCCAGGGAACACCAACACGGCCCAGAGCGAGUAAGGUGAAGGAGCCCCAGGGAGCGAGUAAGGUGAAGGAGCCCCAGGGAACACCAACACGGCCCAGAGCGAGUAAGGUGAAGGAGCCCCAGGGAGCGAGUAAGGUGAAGGAGCCCCAGGGAACACCAACACGGCCCAGAGCGAGUAAGGUGAAGGAGCCCCAGGGAACACCAACACGGCCCAGAGCGAGUAAGGUGAAGGAGCCCCAGGGAACACCAACACGGCCCAGAGCGAGUAAGGUGAAGGAGCCCCAGGGAACACCAACACGGCCCAGAGCGAGUAAGGUGAAGGAGCCCCAGGGAACACCAACACGGCCCAGAGCGAGUAAGGUGAAGGAGCCCCAGGGAACACCAACACGGCCCAGAACGAGUAAGGUGAAGGAGCCCCAGGGAACACCAACACGGCCCAGAGCGAGUAAGGUGAAGGAGCCCCAGGGAACACCAACACGGCCCAGAGCGAGUAAGGUGAAGGAGCCCCAGGGAACACCAACACGGCCCAGAGCGAGUAAGGUGAAGGAGCCCCAGGGAACACCAACACGGCCCAGAGCGAGUAAGGUGAAGGAGCCCCAGGGAACACCAACACGGCCCAGAGCGAGUAAGGUGAAGGAGCCCCAGGGAACACCAACACGGCCCAGAGCGAGUAAGGUGAAGGAGCCCCCAGGGAACACCAACACGGCCCAGAGCGAGUAA